AUGUCCUCGAGUUCAGUUAGUUCAGGUUGUAGUUUGACAAGAAAGUGCCAUUGUGGUGAUGAAGUUGUUUUGAAGCCUUCUGGAACUGAUUUGAAUCCUGGUAUGAGGUUUCUUGGGUGUCCUAAAUAUCCGGAUCCAAACUGUUGCAGUUUCUUCAAAUGGGUUGAUGAUCCCAUAUGCAAGCAUGGCAAGGCUGUUAUUCUUGAACAAAAGGAAACGAUAGGCAAGUUGUAUGACCAGAUUAAGUAUAUGCGAGAGAAAGCCAACUUCUUUGAGGACAAAGCCAAGGAGUACGAGAAGAAGGCUCAAGAGUAUGAGGAUAAGGCGGAAGCAUUUUUUUUAAUUACGGGGUUAGGGAUGAGGGAAUUGCGUUGCCUCGUUGACUUACAUGGGUUGAAAUGCCAUAAUGUUAAGAUUUGUGUUAUGGAGAAUGCGGAAAAGAAAACAUUGACAGGUUUUUGCUACUGGGGUGGAGAACGAAAGUUAAAUGGCAAUGGCACCUUCUUGUACAACGGUGGGACGUGUGUAGCUGUUUUACUUGAGGAAGGAAGUAAAAUAAAUGAGUUACGUGAGAAGGUUUGUGGUGCCCUUAACAUGAAUUUGGAAGGUAAAUUGUACUUCUAUAACACAAAAAGGGACAAGACGAAGUAUGUCACAUUGAAUGAUGACAACGGUGUUGCAAUGUUGUUCCACCUGAACGAAGAUGAUGUCGACUUGUUCGUAGAAGAUAUUGGACAAAAUAAUGACAAUAUCCCGACCUUUUACAAUUCUACAAGGGAAUUGAUGGUCACUGACAACAUUAGCUCGCCUGGAGGAACAGUGGCAGUACCUUCUCCCAGUCAGGUAACCAAUAGUUCUAGCCAAGAGAUGGGGUUGGUACCGUACUUGCCGGAAAAUGCAAAUGAGAUAUUAACCGGGAAGGGUCAACUAUUUGAUAGCCCUGACCUAUUCAAGCAAUCAAUGCUACUAUUUGCUGCAUCGAACAAGUUUAGCUUCAAUUACUUGGAUAAUAGUAGAACGUACUACCGAUUGGUAUGUAAAGUAGUGGGGUGUCCUUGGAAGCUUACGACAAAAUGUGAGGGUUCCACUGAUUUGGUUCGUGUCAUAAUGUUUAGGAAUGAACACCUACAUAAUGCAGAAGAUGCUAGUAAUUAUAAGUUGACCUUUCGCAGUAAACAAGUGGGCUUGCUUUUCAAGAACCGAAUUGUGGACAAGCCUGGAUAUUUGCCGAGGGAUAUUUGCAGGGACUUCGAGCAUACCUUCCAAUGUUGUCUGAAUUACAGUCAAGGAUGGAGGGCGAAAGAAAAGGCAAAAGAAGCCAUCACAGGACCUCCUUCGAUGACUUUCCACCUAGUCCCAUGGAUGUGUCGACGGCUUGUUGAAGCCAUACCAAACACGAGAGCAAUAUGGACGUCGACAAAUGAAGGCAAGUUUAAGCAACUAUUUGUUUCUUAUGGUUGCUCUAUUGCUGCAUUCAAAAAAGGUUAUUUAAGGCCUGUGUUGAAAUUGGACGCAUGUUUCUUGACUGGAUACUAUCGGGGCCACGUUCUAUCGGCUAGUGCACAUGAUGCGGACGAUGGGUUGUACCCCCUAGCAUAUGCCAUUGUGUCUAGUGAGAAUGAUGAAGACUGGUUAUGGUUCUUGAUUAAUCUUAAGGAAGUUAUUGGAGGACGUCAAGUUGUGUUGGUCACCGAUCGGAACACUUCUUUGUUGAGUAGUAUAAUUAAGGUUUUUGGCGGGGAUUGUAAUUCAUGGUGUCUCCGUCACCUAAAGGAAAACUUCAGCAAGUUUGCUAGCUCAAAGGGGUUGAAAGCUGAAAGACGGAACACGGCUCUAAAGGUGGUUAAUGAUCUUGCGUAUGCAAGGACCGAAGACUCAUUCAAGUAUCAUUUGGGCAAGUUGUAUGGGAUUUGUCCUGAUCUUUCAAAAUGGGUGGAAGAUAACAAUCCAAAGCACUGGUCGAAUACUUUUUUCCCUUACAAGAGAUGGGACAAGAUGUACACAAAUCUGGCUGAAUGUUUCAAUUCUUGGAUAUUGCCAUUAAGGGAAUUGGACAUCAUCCAAUUUAUGACAGGACACGUGUCCAAGACCACUGAGUUGUUGCUCCGUAAGCAUAUCGAGGUUAGGAAAUGGAAAUUGCCGAUUGGGAAACAAAUUGAGGAUGACAUUAAGAAGUCUCAAGAAUAUGCUCGAAAAUUUACGCAUCGUAACUCCUCGCCGACUGAGUUCAUUGUCGCUAAUGACACUAGGCGACUUUAUGCAGUCAAGCUGAUCCCACGUAGUUGCAGUUGUCUUGCUUGGCAGAUGUCUGGAAUUCCUUGCGCACAUGCUGAUCGUGCUAUUCAGAGCUCUGGUUUUUCUAUUUACGAUAUGAUGGAUCCUUUUCUAAAAAGGGAGAUGCAAAUGGCGAUAUAUGAGAAUACCAUGUCCCCAGUGCCGUUGCAUGACAUGCCUAGUGCUGAAUCAUUUUUGGCAGUCAAUGACCUGAACGAUAAUAAUGCAGCAAAGGUUGGUUGGAGUAGGUAUUCAACUAUUGGUGAAGCAGGCCGCGACCACAUGGUUGGGAUGCCAUUUGCUAAUUGUUUCCACUUCAUUGCUUUUAAUAGCCAACUUGGUUGUCCUACGUAUUGGUGGUUUUGUAGUGGAUUUUUAAGUAACAUCAAAGCCUUCAAUUCAAUUCUAGUGGUGACAGGCCAUAUCAAUGGUUCUUUGUAUUUUGAGUAA